AUGAAGGCAUCUGCCUCUUCACCGUCAAUGGGAACUAGCUCUUCGUCCACGGACUUUACGACGGUAGCAGACUCCUCUACGGUUGCAGAGGAGGGCGUGGUUACCACAUCCGUUUGUCCCCGUCACUCCCCUUCAAAUUCCUCAGAUUAUGAUUCCGACGCCGAACUACAAAUGGUGUACCUGCGUCACAUGGCUAAAUUCAUGCCUGCAUCGUGGUUACUACGCGCCAGUCAGGCGCUACAGUUGAACCUCAAUUACGUGAGCUGUGAUAGCCAAGUUCCAUGGCUUAAUGCUCUCAUUGGGCGUUUGUUUUGGGACUUCUUGCGACAUGAGAUCUGGCACAAGCGUGUGCAAGAGAAGAUACAGGGGAAAUUGAAGAAGCUUCAUGUUAGUUCUUUUUCUGUUUGCCAAAGAUUCGCUUCAUUCAUUAAGAAUAGCUUUUCAACUCUUGGAGAAGGCUAA